GUGGAAUUCUCUGCCGCAGAAGGCAGCGGAGGCCAAUUCUCUGGAUGCUUUCAAGAGAGAGUUGGAUAGAGCUCUUAAAGAUAGCGGAGUCAGGGGAUAUGGUGAAAUGGUAGGAAAAUUGUGGAUGAUCAGCCAUGAUCAUAUUGAAUGGCGGUGCUGGCUCGAAGGGCCGAAUGGCCUACUUCUGCCCUUAUUGUCUAUUGUCUAUCAUGUACUUUGGCAUAAAAGCAUUUGUUGAUUUCUGUCCAGUUUCACAAAUUGAUUGACUUUUUCCCACCUCUCAACCGAUGAACUGUCAUUUUAAUCUUACAACUCCUUAAUAAGUAAAUGCAGAAUGCAUUCAAAUACUCAGCAGUCCAUUUACUUGGAUGGAAGUAGUUUAACGACACAACAACUUGUCCAGCUUGGCAAGGGGACCUACAAAAUCAAGCUUGCCACUGAUGUUGAAAGAAGGGUCAACAAAUCACGGGACCUGGUGGAAAGAAUCGUCAUGGAAGGGCAAGUUGUUUACGGAAUAAACACGGGCUUUGGGAGGUUUGCCCGGACAGUUAUUGCCCCAGAUAAACUCGUGGAGCUCCAGGAGAAUAUUAUACACUCCACUGCUGUAGGUGUGGGCAAACCCCUCUCACCGCAGAGGUGCCGGAUGCUGCUGGCUCUCAGGAUCAAUGUCCUCGCCAAGGGUUACAGUGGAAUCUCCUUGGAAACCCUCAACCAAAUGAUCCAGGCCUUCAAUGCUUCCUGCCUGUCCUUCGUGCCAGAGAAGGGAACUGUUGGGGCCAGUGGAGAUCUCGCUCCUCUGGCUCACCUUGCCCUCGGACUGAUGGGUGAAGGGAAAAUGUGGUCGCCAAAAAGCGGCUGGGCUGACGCUAAGGAUGUUUUACAAGCUCAUGGGCUCCAUCCGAUUUCACUGAAACCUAAAGAGGGGCUGUCGUUGAUCAACGGGACACAGAUGAUCACGUCGCUGGGCGCUGAGGCAGUGGAGCGAGCCGUGGCCAUCGCCCGCCAGGCGGACAUCAUCGCCGCACUCACGCUGGAGGUUCUCAAAGGCACCACCAGAGCCUUCGACAGCGAUGUCCACAAGCUGAGACCACACCAAGGACAGAUGGACGUAGCUGCUCGAUUGAGGUCGCUCUUGGACUCCGACGUUCAUGCAUCUGAGAUAGCAGGGAGCCACAGAUUGUGUGAUCGCGUUCAGGAUGCCUACACCCUCCGGUGCUGUCCGCAGGUGCAUGGGGUGGUAAACGACACGAUUGCUUUUGUGAAGAAUAUUCUGGUGACUGAAAUGAACAGUGUUACCGAUAACCCUAUUGUAUUUGCAGAGAGAGGGGAGAUUAUUUCAGGUGGAAACUUCCAUGGCGAAUAUCCUGCUAAAGCUCUGGACUACCUGGCCAUCGCGGUUCACGAGCUGGCUUCCAUCAGCGAGAGGCGCAUCGAGAGGCUGUGUAACCCGUCCCUGAGCGAACUGCCCGCCUUCCUGGUCAAAGAGGGCGGCCUGAACUGUGGCUUCAUGGUGGCGCACUGCACUGCUGCUGCAUUAGUGUCGGAGAACAAGGUUCUGUGCCACCCGUCAUCAGUGGACUCGCUGUCCACCAGCGCUGCCACAGAGGACCACGUCUCCAUGGGCGGAUGGGCUGCCAGGAAAGCACUGAGGGUCAUCGAGCACGUCGAACAAGUGCUUGCUAUCGAACUCCUCGCCGCCUGCCAAGGUCUUGAGUUUGUCCGGCCCCUACGUACAACACAACCUUUGGAGAGAGUCCACCAACUGGUCCGCUCACUGGUGAAGCCCUUGGUUAAAGAUCGAUUCAUGGCUCCAGACAUUGCGAUCGUCCAGAAGCUGCUGAGCGAAGAGCAGGUGUGGCAAACUGUCCAGCCGUACAUGCAACUCUACAAACUAGCUCACGCCCCACAAUAAUCAUCCGCCUUGUUAAUCCUCAUUCAACAAGAAAUAGGUGCGUGGGAGAUAAAUGUGAUCAAAACCUUUUCAAAAUGAUGGUGGAAUGCAGACCUUCCACCCAGAGCACGAAAGAAGAAUUAGUUUAGUUUAGCAUAGAGAUACAGCAUGAAAACAGGCCAUUCGGCCCACCGAGUCCGUGCCGACCAGUGAUCCCCGCUCACUAACUCUAUCCUACACACACUAAGGACAAUUUACAAUUUUUACCGGCCAAUUGGCCUGCAAACCUGUACGCCUUUGGAAUGUGGGAGCAAACCGAUGCACCCAGAGAAAACCCACGCAGGUCACGGAGAGAAUGUACAACCUCCGUACAGACAACCCCGUAGUCAGGAUGGAACCCGACUGCGUCACUGUGCCGCCCACUUUAUCCAAGACUUUGUGGAGAUCCAGGUGUGCAACAACACGUUACAGCCAGCACUUCAUUUGGAGUCUCACUACCUUGGAACACCUGGGUGGAAGGAAUCUUUAGACCUGGUGAAGAUGCUCUCCUCAUUUGAUUCCCUAUUCGCUGAUUCUGCCAUUGUCCUUUUAUUCCCUAAAGGGCGUUGUGAGCAGAGGCCUGUUUAUUUGUGCACUGGUGUUCUAUUUGAGCUAAUCCUUAAUAAAACAUGAAUCUUUACACAUUUCAGUCAAUGUUACAGGUGGAAAUGUACCGUGGAAUCAAUGUUGCAAACCAC